AUGAUUGAUCCAUUGCUUCGAAUAGCUGCUGCUGCUGCCAUGGUCACCGGAGUCGGUGCUCUGGGUGCUUAUCUGGAUGCCAAAUACCACCUCAGAAGGGACAUCGAAACUGUCCUUAGGUAUAACCGCAGCGACCGCAUUGUCGCCCGAGCUAAGGCAGAUGGCAAGUUAAACGUGUGGUACCUCUUUGAGAACAUGGUCGAAAAGUACCCGGACGCCACUUGUAUCUGGUCGAGGGAUGGUAUUUAUACCUUCCAGCAAGCCCAUGAUAUAGCCUGCCAGUAUGGAAAUUAUUUUCUUUCCAUUGGCGUGAAACGUGGCCAGCUGGUAGCAUUCUACCUGCAGAAUUCGCCAGAAUUUGUUAUGGCAUGGCUUGGACUCUGGUCGAUCGGCUGCGGCCCCGCAAUGAUCAACUAUAACCUCGCAGGGAAAGGGCUUAUUCACUGCCUCAAUCUCAGUGGAGCGGAGUUCAUCCUCGUGGAUACCGACCCGGAAUGCACGGCCCGGAUUAACGAUCAGAUGGACGAGAUUGAGAACGAAGCUAAGAUGCAGCCCAUUUUCUUGGAUGAUUCUCUCAAAGCUCACAUUUCUUCGCUCGCGACAAGUAUAACAGACAAAAAUCUUGCUCGUAACAUGGAUGGCGGGUUCCCCGCUAUGCUUCUCUAUACUUCAGGCACAACAGGACUGCCAAAGGGGUGCGCAUUUACCAUGGAUCGGAUGCACACCGUAGUAUUUCAAAAGCAUCUGUGUGAUAAGGGGGGGUAUGACGGUGACAGGUGGUAUAUUUGCAUGCCAAUGUAUCACGGAACAGCAUCAGUUUGCGUUAUGGCCUGCAUACUCAGGGGCGUCGGUCUUGCAUCAGCCAAGAAGUUCAGUGUGAGCAAUUUCUGGAAAGAUGUUCACGAUUCCGAGUCCACAUACUUUGUUUAUGUUGGGGAGACAGCUAGAUAUCUGCUCGCUGCCCCACCUUCACCUCUGGAUCGUGGUCAUAAAGUCCGCUGCAUGUACGGAAACGGCUUAAGACCGGAUGUUUGGGAGAAAUUCCGGGAGCGAUUUGGUAUCCCAAAUAUUGCAGAGUUCUUCAGUAGCACGGAAGGGCUAUUGGCCCUCAUCAACUAUGACAGUGGUCCAUAUCAAUCCAGCUGCGUCGGACACCAUGGCGCCAUCUUCCGCUACCUCAUGCAUAACGUCUAUAUCCCCGUCGCCCUCGACCCUGAAACCGGAGACAUAUAUCGUGACCCAAAGACGGGCUUCGCAGUCCGUAAUCCGUAUAGCGAGGGAGGUGAAAUUCUCGUAACAAUACCUAAUGAACUUGCCUUUCAGGGUUACUGGAAGAAUCCCAACGCCACCGCGAAAAAGUUCGUCCGCGACGUUUUCAAAAAGGGAGAUUUGUAUUACCGAACCGGGGACGCUCUCCGCCGCACAGAUGACGGCCAUUGGCAUUUCCUUGACCGACUCGGAGACACAUUCCGCUGGAAAUCCGAGAACGUGUCCACGGCAGAAGUAGCCGUCGUUCUAGGUGAAUAUCCCGGUGUCCUCGAAGCUAACGUAUACGGCGUAAGCGUACCCUCCCAUGAAGGUCGUGCUGGCUGUGCGGCUCUGCUCAUUGAUCCAAACCACCAGACCAGGUUUGACUUUGCUGGCUUUGCUCGUCAUGCCCGCGAAAGACUACCCAAGUAUGCUGUUCCGGUGUUUAUACGACUAGUUCAAGCUUCGGACCAUAUUCACAACCAUAAGCAAAAUAAAGUGCAGCUGAGAGAUGAAGGCAUUGAUCCAGAUAAGGUCGGAACGAAGGCUGCGAAUGGGAGGAAUGAUCAAUUCUUGUGGUUACUUCCUCAGAGUGAUCUGUAUGUGGAAUUCGGGCGGAGGGAAUGGGACAACUUGGUGAGCGGGCAGGUAAAGCUAUAA